UCUUCUCUUAUAAACUUCUCUCCUAUUUUCCCGAAUUCAUCGCUCCUCCGCUCCUCCUUUUUCAAAAUUUUCUCUUCUCUUCUCUUCUCUGCCGGAAUAUGGAUGUCCGUCGGAGACCUCCCAAGCCUUCUCACCGGAAUCACCAUCUUCAACACCACCCUCAAAGAGCUUCCUCCGCCGCUCUACGUCGUUCUCCUUCCCCUGCCCCUAAAGCUUCCGAUGCCCUUCCUCUCCCUUUAUACCUAACCAACGGCAUUUUCUUCACCCUCUUUUUUUCUGUUGCUUACUACCUUCUCCAUCGCUGGCGUGACAAGAUCCGUAACUCUACCCCUCUCCACGUCGUCACUCUCUCCGAACUCGCUGCCAUUCUCUCUCUCAUUGCGUCUUUCAUUUACCUCCUUGGAUUCUUCGGCAUUGAUUUUGUUCAGUCAUUUAUCGCACGUGCCUCUCACGACGCUUGGGAUAUUGAAGACGAAGAGGAAAACAAUCGCUUCCUUCUCGACGAAGAUCGCCGCCCCCGCCGCCGACCUGCUCCUUGUCCCGCCGCCCUUGAUAAUUCCUCCAUUUCGGCUCCUGUAUCCAGUUUCAUGGAUCCUCCGGUGCCUCUUCCCUCUCAGGACGACGAAGACCUUGUCAAAUCCGUUGUUUCCGGUGACAUUCCUUCGUAUUCCCUUGAAUCUAGGCUCGGGGAUUGUUACCGAGCUGCUUCGGUUCGUCGUGAAGCGGUUCAGAGGAUUACGGGGAGGUCUCUAGCGGGUUUACCUCUUGACGGUUUUGACUACCAGUCGAUUUUAGGGCAGUGCUGUGAGAUGCCGAUAGGGUACGUUCAAAUCCCAGUGGGGAUUGCUGGGCCCUUGUUGCUUAACGGAUGUGAAUAUUCCGUUCCCAUGGCGACUACGGAAGGGUGUUUAGUUGCAAGUACUAACAGAGGUUGUAAGGCUAUUUAUGCUUCUGGGGGAGCUACUAGCAUUCUUUUUAGGGACGGGAUGACGAGGGCUCCCGUUGUGAAGUUCCCGACGGCCAGCAGGGCGUCGGAAUUGUUCUUCUUCUUGGAGGACCCUGCUAAUUUUGAUACCUUAGCCAUGGUUUUCAACAAAUCCAGCAGAUUUGCCAGGCUCCAAAAGAUUCAGUGCUCACUUGCAGGGAGAAAUCUUUACAUCAGGUUCAGCUGUGGCACGGGGGAUGCCAUGGGAAUGAACAUGGUAUCCAAGGGUGUUCAGAAUGUUCUUGAGUUUCUUCAGGAUGAGUUCCCAGACAUGGAUGUAGUUGGUAUAUCUGGGAAUUUCUGUUCUGAUAAGAAGCCUGCUGCUGUGAACUGGAUUCAAGGGCGUGGAAAGUCAGUUGUCUGUGAAGCAAUGAUAUCUGGAGAAGUGGUGGAGAAAGUAUUGAAAACUUCUGUAUCUGCUCUUGUAGAGCUGAACACGAUCAAAAAUCUUACUGGCUCUGCUAUUGCUGGUUCUCUUGGUGGGUUUAAUGCCCAUGCUGCCAAUAUUGUCUCUGCCAUUUUCAUAGCCACUGGGCAGGAUCCAGCACAAAAUAUAGAGAGUUCUCAUUGCAUUACCAUGAUGGAGGCGGUCAAUGAUGGAAAGGAUAUUCACGUAUCCGUGACCAUGCCUUGCAUUGAGGUUGGUACUGUUGGUGGUGGGACUCAACUUGCUUCUCAAUCGGCAUGCCUGAAUCUGCUCGGUGUUAAGGGUGCAUGCAGAGAAUCCCCUGCAGCGAACUCGAGGCUCCUGGCAAACAUUGUAGCCGGUUCUGUUUUGGCUGGGGAGCUGUCAUUGAUGUCUGCCAUUGCAGCUGGCCAGCUUGUUAAAAGCCACAUGAAAUAUAACAGAUCAAGCAGGGAUAUGAGCACAAUUACCUCAUAGAGUCUUGAAAUUGUUAGCAAGUUUCUGGCUAAUCAACUUGAAGGAGUGCAAGGAGACUAGAAGUUAAAGUUGAAACCGAUGUAGGGGGUGGAGCAAACAAUACACAUCUGCUUCUGCAAUCUGCGUUAGCUGUAACAUUUGGCAAGCAUGUGAGUUCAGGGAAGUCGGAGCUCACACGGUUGACUUUUACUUCAAUGACCCCGCUGAAGCAUUUAACAAGUUGUAUUUUGUAACCCAAUCUUGCUUAUCCCCUUUCUUUGAUCAGUAUUUAUUCUAAUUUUUCAGCAUUGGUGUACUGUUAUUUCUGGGAUGUUCUUGAGGUUUUGAUAUUUGUUAUUAUUUCAUUGUACAGUUUGGUAAUGUGUAAGUACCAAGUGAAGGAAUUUGUAAGUUUCGUUCAAUACAUUAGGCUCUAAUGUUCAAAGGCUUUUGCUAGUAGUAUUCUGGUCGUUGAGAAAAGAAACCAAAUGAAAGGUGAUUGAUGCAA